AUGUCGUGCGGUGUUCCGCAGGGCUCGGUCUUGGGACCGCUCCUGUGGAACAUCGGCUACGACUGGGUGCUGAGAGGUGAACUCCCGUCGGGCGCCGACUUGACGUGUUAUGCGGACGACACGCUCGUCACUGCCCGGGGGAGUUCACACAGGGAAGCAGCGUUGGUUGCCACGGCUGCGGUGUCACAAGUGGUGAACCGCAUCCGGCGCCUGGGCCUGGAGGUGGCCCUAAAUAAGUCGGAGGCCAUGGUGUUCCAUGGCCCUCGACGCGCGCCGUCGCCGGAUUCACACAUCGUGGUCAGCGGGGCCCGGAUAGCUGUCGAGUCCACCAUGAAGUAUCUGGGAUUGGUGCUCGACAGCCGAUGGGAAUUCGGACCCCACUUCCGGCGGCUGGCGCCCAAGCUGAUGGGUGCAGCGGGCGCGCUAUCAACGUUGCUUCCCAACUUGGGGGGCCCGAGCGCCGCCUGUAGGCGGUUGUACGUGGGAAUCGUGCGGUCCAUGGCCCUGUAUGGGGCCCCUGUGUGGGCGAUGGACAUGACGGCCAGUACUCUCGCCAUUCUGCGUAAACCGCAGAGGGCGAUGGCCGUCAGAGUCACCCGCGGGUAUCGCACGAUUUCCUACGAGGCGGCUUGCGUCCUAGCCGGAUCCCCGCCCUGGGACCUAGAGGCGAAAGUACUCGCGUCAUUAUAUCGAUGGCGCGAGGAAGAGCGGGCACGGGGCUCGAGGCCGGUGCAGCGGCAGAUCGCGCUGCGCCGAGAGGAGCUCCGUCAGGUCUUGGUGGCGGAAUGGCGGCAAAGGCUUCUGCGCCCUACCGCAGGCCUCGCUACCGUCGAGGCGAUCCGGCCAGUACUCGACGACUGGCUCGGGAGAAGGCACGGCUCCCUGUCGUUUAGGGUGACGCAGGUGCUGUCGGGGCAUGGCUGCUUCGGCAAGUACCUUUGCCGCAUAGACAGGGAGCCGGACGCUCGGUGCCACCACUGCGUCCAUUGCGGGGAGGACACGGCGCAACACACGCUCGCCGAGUGUGUAGCUUGGGAGGAGCAGCGCCGUGUCCUCACAAAUAAAGUAGGAGGCGAUCUGUCGCUGCCGGCCUUAGUGCAGAAGAUGGUCGGUAGCGCAGAGUCGUGGGAUGCAGUGGUGUCCUUCUGCGAGGACGUCAUGUCGCAGAAGGAAACUGCGGAACGGGAAAGGGAGAUCUCGACUCCCUUCCCCGGCCGCAGAAGGCGCACCGGGCGCAGGAGAAGGGCGGACAACGCCCUUUUCCGCCCCCCAUAA